AUGUCCUCAGAUAUUUCUCAGGAAAUUCCAGCUUUUUCCGCAACGACCUGUCCUUCUUGGUUCCGGCAAGAACUAUUCGAUAAUGCCAAAAAUAUUUCUAUUAUUAUUAUUUUAGGUUUCAUUAAUGCUAUUGUGAUUGCUGGCAAUCUUCUCGUAGUUCUGGCAGUUUUUGCUUCGGCUAAGCUGCGCACAGUUACAAACUUCCUCAUAGUCUCAUUAGCCAUUUCUGAUCUCCUUGUUGGUCUCGCUGUCUUACCUUAUUCUAUCUCUCUUGAAGUCCUCGAACUGUGGAUCUUCGGCGAACUAUGGUGCCAAAUGUGGUUGGCCGUUGACGUAUGGUUGUGCACGGCCUCCAUCCUCAAUCUGUGUGCUAUUAGUAUCGAUAGGUACUUAGCUAUCACCAGACCUGUACAUUAUAGAACAAUUAUGUCUACUACGAAAGUGAAACUACUCAUUGCAGCGGUCUGGAUACUUUCAUUUAUCAUUUGCUUUCCUCCUUUAGUUGGUUGGAACGACAGGGUUCAGGAUGGCGAGGAAGUAACUUCUUACGACAACAUAACAAUAUACAGCGACAUGAAUCGACAACAUCAGUACUUAAUGGAUAAUAGAUCGUUAGAUUAUCCACUCAAGAUUAUUACCUCUAACUUCACAGAUGACGCAUUCAAUGGAAGCAGUAUAGGUGAAGAGGUAAAAUCUACUACAUCCCGCACUUUGUCUUCAAGAAGAUGUCCUAAACCUCAAUGCGCUCUCAUCACAAAUCAAGGCUAUGUUAUUUACUCAGCUUUAGGGUCUUUCUACAUACCCAUGCUUGUCAUGCUGUUCUUUUACUAUCGUAUUUAUGUCGUUGCUCUUAAAACCAGCCGCGCUCUGGAUAGAGGCUUUCGCACGGCAAAAUCAAGCAAAUCUAAGUCAUCUCAUGGAUCUGGCCAAGAUGGCCCAGGAGGAUCGGAUGUCACGCUACGCAUCCAUCGUGGAAGACCGACCAGUGAAUCCAUGUGCUCUGGCCGCAGUGGCAACGUUAGCGCAGCAUCUAAUCGAAGAUCUGGUGAUAUUCUGGUGCCACGACGUAUCCCCACAGUAGUAUAUCAUCAUACCAAAGAACCCAACAGCCCUCGUUGUUUUCGGGAAGACAGUACUAGAAAUUAUUAUACCACAAGAGCGGCUCCUAACGAUUCUGAUUCGAGUCCAAUGAACAGUCGGGUCAGACGAACAAAGUCCGCCACUCCAGCUACAUAUAAUAGAACAUUAGAGAUUGAAGUUUCCACCCCAGAACAUUCCAGAACUGAUGAUCAGUCUGCUGGUGGAAACAAUGAAGAGCAAAGGAAUGGACGCUCAGCUGCACUGAACAAAAGCAGUAAGCGAAAUGCACGAUGGCACGCAAAGCGCUUCAGAACGGAAGCAAAGGCCACCAAGACGGUCGGAAUAAUAGUGGGGGGCUUCAUUUUGUGUUGGCUCCCUUUCUUCACUGUUUACCUCAUUAUGGGGUUUUGUGAAGUGUGCAUUCCUGAAGUACUCUUCAAAGUGUUUUUCUACCUUGGAUAUUGCAAUUCUGCUCUGAACCCCAUCAUUUAUGGGAUCAUUAGCAAAGACUUUAGAGCUGCUUUUAAGAAAAUCUUGUUCCGAUGCACAUUGAAUGAUGAAAGUGUAGCAUCUCUCAUACGUCAUAUCCAUAUGCCGACAUUUAUGGAGGAAGAAACACAGGUUGGAGACUUGUCCAGUCAAACUUAAGGAUAAAAAAGUGAAGAAAAAAAUAACCUUUCAAAAACACUUUGGCAAAAUUAA